ACUCUGGGGUCUGGCGAGCGGAGGGCCUGGCUCCAAGUCCACUGCCCUUUGGUCCCCAGAGUCACCUCCCUUUUCUAUCUCAGCACCCCAGGCUUCUCCGGGGUUCACGGACAGCAAAAACUGAUCUCAUAAAACAUCUAGGACAAAAAGGGAAGUCCUGCAGACAGACCCUGUUUGGAUCAAGUGAGCCAGUUCUUUGAACCUGAACAAUGACUGCUGAAUCAAGGAAUGCUACAGAUUUGUCUCCCCGGGCUACCCAGGAGAUGGAAGGCACAGUGAUAGUGAAAGCGGAGGAGGAAGAGGAAGAAGAUGAGGAAGACCAUUUUCAAACAGAAAUAAAUAGCCUAGAGUCAUCACCCCGAUUUCUUAGUCGUUCCACAACUAUGAACGAGAGAGCCUUAUUAUCAUCGUAUUUAGUGGCGUAUCGAGUGGCAAAAGAGAAAAUGGCUCACACAGCUGCUGAAAAAAUUAUUCUCCCAGCAUGUAUGGAUAUGGUACGUACCAUCUUUGAUGAUAAAUCAGCUGAUAAGUUAAGAACUAUACCUCUUAGUGAUAAUACAAUAUCUCGUCGAAUCUGUACUAUUGCAAAACAUUUAGAAGCAAUGCUUAUGACACGGCUACAGUCUGGUAUAGAUUUUGCAAUCCAACUUGAUGAGAGCACUGAUAUUGUAAGUUGUCCCACACUCUUGGUAUAUGUCAGGUAUGUAUGGCAAGAUGAUUUUAUAGAAGAUCUGUUGUGUUGUUUAAAUUUAAAUUCACAUGUAACCGGAGUAGAUUUAUUCACUGAAUUAGAAAAGUGCAUUGUUGGUCAAUAUAAAUUAAACUGGAAAAAUUGUAAAGGAAUUUCAAGUGAUGGAGCAGCAAAUAUGACUGGGAAACAUAGCAGAGUUAUUGAAAAAUUGUUAGAAGCCACCCAUAACAACUCUCUUUGGAAUCAUUGUUUUAUUCACCGAGAAGCUUUGGUAUCCAAAGAAAUUCCGCCGAGCCUAAUGGAUGUAUUGAAACAUGCAGUGAAAAUUGUUAAUUUUAUUAAAGGAAGCUCAUCGAAUAGCCGACUUCUUGAAAUAUUGUGUUCAGAGAUUGGAGUGAACCAUACCCACUUAUUGUUUCAUACAGAAGUUCGUUGGUUGUCUCAAGGAAAAGUAUUGAGCAGAGUAUACGAACUCAGGAAUGAGAUUUACAUUUUUCUCAUUGAAAAGCAAUCGCAUUUGGCAAAUAUUUUUGAAGAUGACAUUUGGGUAACAAAAUUGGCGUAUUUAAGUGACAUUUUUGGCAUUUUAAAUGAAUUAAAUUCGAAGCUACAAGGGAAAAACAAUGAUAUAUUUCAAUAUCUUGAACACGUUCGAGGAUUCCAAAAGGCAUUAUUGUUGUGGCAGGUAAGACUUAAAAGUAAUCACCCCAGCUACUACAUGUUCCCAACGCUGUUGCAACACAUUGAAGAGAACGUUAUUCAUGAAGACUGCUUAAGAGAAAUAAAAUUAGAGAUAUUAGUACAUCUCACUUCUUUGUCUCAAACCUUCAAUCAUUACUUUCCAGAAGAGAAAUUUGCAUUGUUAAAGGAAGCUAUUUGGAUGAAAGAUCCAUUUGCUUAUCAAACUCCAGAAUCAAUAAUUGAGUUACACUUGGUGCCUGAAGAAGAGAAUGAAUUACUGCAGCUCAGUUCGUCAUUCACACUGAGGAAUUAUUAUAGGACAUUAAGUUUAUCAGCAUUUUGGAUUAAGAUUAAAGAUGAAUUUCCACUGCUAAGUAGAAAGAGUAUAUUGCUAUUAUUACCAUUCACAUCUACCUAUUUGUGUGAACUAGGAUUUUCGAUCUUGACACGAUUAAAAACAAAGAAAAGAAAUCGGCUCAACAGCGCACCUGACAUGCGUGUUGCCUUGUCUUCAUGUGUGCCUGACUGGAACGAACUCAUGAACAGGCAAGCACACCCAUCACAUUAAGUACAAUCUUUAUGAAAUUUUGUUUUUGUACGUUCUUAGGCACUUUUUGUAUAUUGUAUUUAAAUAUUAAUAAAAUUAUGGUUGGGAUUUA